CAGCGGUCCGAGUAGGAACAGCGACGCAAGCCGCUCCGACCCGCGAUAGUUGUCCCUGCGCUUUCGCAACGAAGACCCAUCAGGUGCGUCCCUCGUUCCAUGGAUGGCCCGGGCCGCUCAGCGCGGCCGCUCCAGGCGACACGUGACGGAUUCCAGCCAUGCCUCAUGGACACCGGGGCACCCGUGCCCAUGCCACAUUGGGAAAGGAACCUCGUCAUCGUGGCUCUGGUGGUGCACGUCAUGGACGUGGGCCUGGACUUGUGUGUGGCGGCCUUGUUCGUGGCCCACGCCGAGUGGGUCUUCUUCCUAGGUGCAGCCGGAGUCAUCUUCUGGGCGUGGUUGGUCUCCAGCCUCUACAUCUCCUUCGGCGGCGGCGCGCCCACCGGCGACAUCGACACCGAUGGCCUCUCCGAGCGGCCGAGCUUCCUGCUGAACUUCGCGCAGGUCCAGAUCUUCGCCGAGGCCUACCGGUGUAUCUUCUACAGCGGUGACACUGACUACUUCCACACCCUGAGGCUCAUGGAGGCGAUCCUGGAGUCGGCGCCCAACUCCUUGGUGCAGCUCUAUGCCCUGGUGAUCUGGGCGAUCCCCGGAGGCAUUGAACUGGAACAUGCAGCAAGCCUUCUGAGAAUCUCUGUGCUUUGUUCCUUCGUCUCCGUCGGCCUGGGCCUGGCGAUGUGGGAGCAGAAAGUUCAGUUUCGGACUUCCUCCGGGUACGUGGCAGCCGUCGCCAUCAUGAGGGCCUUUGAGAUCGCCGCACGGAGCGCCACGCUCGCGGUCUUCUCAGGUUUGACCCACCCGUAUGGCUUCUUUUGGUCCCUAGCCGCAGACUACUGCAUCAUGCUCUUCUUAAUCGUGCGGCACCAGUCUGUGCAGUUCACCUAUGGCUUGUUCGUGGCGUUGCCCUUGGUGCUGGUGAGCUUGGAACCUUUAGUUUGGCGAAGGGAAGAUCAUGCGGUGCCCAAGGACUCCUACUACUUGGUGCGAGUGGCGGAGUUCGUAGUGAUGUGGAUGGUGAUCAUCCACAAGCAGGGACAACAGACCAGCAGCGCCGCAGAGAGCUCGGUGCUGGGCUGCGAGGUGUUGGCCUUGUUUAGCAUGCUGGGGCUUUUUAUCACUCUUCCCUUUGUGUGGCGCGUGGCGCGGCAACAUGAGCUUUGCCGGGACGUCGCUGACUGGGCGGAGGAAGCCUCCAAAGAAGCCAUGAACGACGAUGCGCUCUACUCGGAGUCGGACGGCAGUUCGGGCGACUUCGACCGCCACGGCGACCGCGACUUCGAUGAGCUGCCGCCUGAAUGAGACGCGCGGUGAGGGAGACGUGGUGAGUGACGGGUCGGAAGAUCAGAGGAACUCAGUCAGCAUCCUUGCAGUAACAAGUGC